GGCGGCUCGCCAGCAGUCGUCCGUCUGUCGAGAGCGUGUUAAGGACGAUGGUGGUCGUCGUGUGUGAACCGCGACGACGACGACGACGUUUCGUAGCACGGCGGCGACCGUCGACGAUGCCUUGCCCGCGCAGCGUCGCGACGUACCUGGUAUUCGCGUAACGCGAGCCGAAAGCCGAGAAGUUCAGUGUGAGAAAUAUACACGGUGUGCCGUUCCCUGAGCAGUCCAUGCGCUCCCCGUAGCCAUGGCUUCGGUGAAGGUAGCCGUGAGGGUUCGACCCUUUAACAAAAGGGAACUGGCGAUGAACGCGAAGAUGAUCGUGCAAAUGGACGGCAAGAAGACACGAAUUUUCAACACCAAGACACCGGGUAGCUGUAGAGAAAUCGACAGGGAGAAGUACAAAGACUUCACAUUCGAUCAUUCCUAUUGGUCCUUCGACACGAACGACGACAACUACGCGUCACAGGAAGAGGUCUUCUAUGAUCUUGGUACGGACGUAAUAGAAAGUGCCUUCGAGGGCUACAAUGCCUGCGUCUUUGCCUACGGCCAGACAGGGUCUGGGAAGACCUUCACGAUGAUGGGCUCACCGGAGGCCCAGGGACUGAUACCGCGGAUCUGCAAGACGUUGUUCGCCAGGAUGGCCGCCGGGAAAGAGAGCGGAGCGUCGUAUAGAACCGAGGUGUCUUUCCUGGAGAUACACAAUGAGAGAGUGAAAGACUUGCUGCGACUGGACCAGUCACAGUCUCAUUCUCUCAAGGUGCGGGAGCAUCCUAAAAGGGGACCUUACGUUCAAGACCUGUCCAGCCACCUCGUGUACGAUUAUUCAGACAUUCAGGAAUGUAUGGUGAGAGGCAACACGCACAGAACUACAGCCAGCACAAAUAUGAACGACGUGAGCAGCAGGAGUCACGCGAUUUUUACAAUAACAUUCGUGCAAGCCGGGCUCUCCGAGGGCAAUAUGCCGUCGGAGACCGUUUCCAAGGUGCAUCUUGUCGACUUGGCCGGAAGUGAACGUGCGAACGCAACAGGAGCGACUGGUCAACGACUAAAAGAAGGUGCCCAUAUCAAUAAGUCCCUUGUGACUUUAGGUUCUGUGAUAUCAGCGCUCGCGGAGGUCAGUUCCACGAGCGAUGUGUCUUCGUCCUCGAAGCGAAACGUCUUUAUACCUUAUCGGGAUAGCGUGCUAACGUGGUUGCUAAAAGACUCGCUUGGAGGUAACUCUAAGACUAUUAUGAUCGCAGCUAUUAGUCCGGCGGAUUGUAACUACGGCGAGACGCUCAGUACGCUCAGGUACGCGAACCGAGCGAAGAAUAUAAUCAACAAACCGACCAUCAACGAGGACCCGAACGUUAAACUGAUCAGGGAGCUCCGAGAAGAAAUUCAGAAGCUGAAGUCGCUUAUUGGAAAAGAUAUGAGCAUCGAGAGGCCACCGCAAGUAUUAUUAGCACAAAUUCACGAGAAGCAAGAGCAGGAGAAGGUGUUAACGGAGGAGUGGACGGAGAAAUGGCGGGAGACGCAACAAAUUCUUCAGGAACAGAAAGCGCUGGGUCUCCGCAAGAGCGGCGUGGGGGUGGUUCUGGAUUCUGAAAUGCCGCAUCUGGUUGGGAUUGACGACGAUCUCCUCAGCACCGGCGUCACGCUUUAUCACCUGAAAGAGGGUAGAACGUUGGUUGGAACCGAGGAGGCGCCGAACGCACAGGAUAUCGUGUUGACCGGCGCGGACGUCGAGCCGGAGCACUGUGUGGUGGAAUUAGACAGUGGCGUAGCGACCCUUCAUCCCCUUUCUCCCCACUGCUGGAUCAACACCGCCCAGGUGGACAAGCCGACGCGGCUCUCGCAGGGUUGCAUCAUUCUUCUGGGCAGGAACAACAUGUUCCGGUACAACGAUCCGGCGGAAGCGGCGAAGCUGAGAAAGGAAGGUGGAACGGGUAACGGUAACUUACAGUCCACGGUCGUCAAUCUCUCCAGAUUGUCGCUGUUGAGCUGGAGCGUCUCGGAUUUGCAUGCCUCCUCCUCUAGCGAUAACCUGUUGAACUCGAGCGAAGACCUCCGGGCGCUUGAGGAGCUGGAGCAGCAGAAGGCUGCGCUUAUCAAGGAAAAGGAGGAUUUCAAGAGGGAACAGGAGGAGCGCGAGGAACGGUGGACAGCGCGAAGAGAAGCCCUGGAAGGGGCGCAGCGGGAAUUGGAACGAGAAUGGGGCGCCCAGUGGAAAGAAUGGGCGGACGCUAUAGCGGCACUCGAGUCACGUCAACGGGAGUUACGCACCCGACGUCACAUCCUGGAACAAGAGCGACGUGACGAGAUGACGCAAACGGACGACGGUGCCGGCAGUGACGGCAGCUUGCCAGAAUCAUGGUCAAGUCUGAACGAUGAUAAAUGCGUCGACGCGAUGCGAGAGCUUGUUCAUCAUCAUAAGAAAGAACUGGCAGCCUUGGAAACCGAGCUACAAAACAAAGUGAAGUCGCUGAAUGAGCAUCAGAGCAAAGUAGAUAAGAUGGAGGAAGAAUUGAUGGAGAUAGCCAAGAAGCAAAAGCAUUUGUUUAACUUGGAAUUGGAAGGUGACGGGAUUACAGAGAAGAAAUUACUCCUCGCGAAACGGUCUCAGGAACAACUUCAGGAGAUCUUGCGGCGUAAACAGAGUCUCUCGUUGAACUUGAAACGUGCUCUGCCCGCGUCGCCCGACGAUCAUUCGUUGAGCGGCGACGAGGUCAGCUCGAACGGGGACCCGUUCCUGAACGUGUACAACAGGAAGCUUCAAAUAGCAUCCGCUUUGAGUCUACUGCCACAAAAUCUUCCCAGCUCCGUGGAGACCGCGGACACCUUUCACACGGCCGCAGCUGACUCUCCGGAGCCUCGCAUUCUCUUCGAGGACGCGAACAGCAAGGAGUCCCAGAUGUUGGCGGGCGACGCGGAAAAAGAGCCGGACAAGAAGCAGAUCACACCUCAGAAAAUGUAUCUAGAAAACGACAGAGCUAAUAAAUUGCUCGAGUUAGAUAAUAGUAAAGGUAUAAACGCGAGUAGAAAGUCCUCCGGCGAGAGCGUCGCGGAGUCAGAGAAAUGCAACGGCAGCGCAAACGGCGAGAAAACGGAGUCGAAGUCCCCGACGAACUCCACGAUGGAGGAGGACGUUCUCGAGGACUCUCUGGAGUCGCCGGUGCAACAGGAUCCGGCGAUGAAACGACUGAACCAAAGAAUCGCUCGUCAACGAAUGAUGGUGAUGAGAUGCCUCGAGGCCCCGUCCAAGGACGAUCUGAACCGGCAGAUAGCGAUCCUGCAGGAUCUUCAGAAGCAACAGAUCGAGCUGGAGGUGUCGCUUAUAGAGGACGAACGAAAGUGCAACGAGGAGACGAAGUUACAGUGCGGCGAGAGUAGGCUAGGCACCGGCGAUGCAAGCGAUCGUGUAGAUACCGUAGAAUCAAAAAUGUGCAGUGACGUAGAAACCACGAACCUGGCCACCCUGUUGACAAUGUCUACAACGCGGUCCCCGGUCUUUAGGUACAAUAGGCCUAACACCAACGAGGAGCACGUUCUCUCGGAAUCGGUCGCGUCUAGAAUACUGUCUGGAAGAGGAUACUCCACAGUUUAUUUAACGAGCCAGAACCGAGGCGACCGACUGAGUAGCCCGUACUCGCUGACAAUCACGAGGUCUUUGCCGUCUUUGAUAGCGAACGAUGCCGACAGCGACAAUGUGAUCAACAUGAUCGUCAGCAUACCCUCCUACGUGAUACGAGGGGCCGGCACCUCCAGCCACUACGAGUACGAGGUACGUGUCGUGGCCCAGGACGAUAGCUGGACUCUUCUGAGGCGUUACAGAAGAUUCCGUGAAUUGUACAUUUCAAUGAGACAGAAGUACGGUAGCAAGGUAGCAGCGAUACGCUUCCCACCCCGACAAGUUUUCCCGAGAUCGGAGGUCGUGGCGCGACAACGUAGGAAACGAUUAGAAGAAUACCUGCGACGGUUGAUACAGGUCUGCUCGGAGUUGCCGCACUGCGAACCUCUUUACAAGUAUAACGGCAACCUGAGCAACAUAGAUAAGCAAUCAUUGUUAGAAUUUAGUUCAUUCUUCAGACGGGGAACAUUCGAGAGCAGCAAAUACGGUACAAGCUAAAGAGGAUGACCCCCCCCCCCCCUCCCCCGAGAUCCGAAUAAUGAACGAUCCUGAACAGUGAAUAGAUAUUAUUAGGAGAUGUUUAGAAUUCGUUGUAUUUUUUUAUAAUGACGAACUGGACAAAGGUGAAGAAAAUAUCGAAGCGGGGAAAAAUAUUAGCGAAGCAGUUACCACCUUGUGCGAUAUGAUUAAUCAUUUUUUAUAUUUACCAAAAUACGUUUCCAAAAGUUUAUUGUUUUCACAAGACUGAUGAUGUGUAUAUCGUGUACGCGAAAAUAUCUGUUUGUACUUAGUGUUAGUGGAGAGAAAAAACAAACAAACAAACAAAAACGAGAAGAAUCGAUAUUUUAAGGGAAACGCAAGAUCCGGCUAGUCUCCGAAGAAUAUUUUGCGAAACGUACGACUAAAUUAAUUGUUACGGGUCGUGGGUAUUUUUUCACUGAUGUUUUUGCUCCCUUGUUGUCGCGAAGAAGAAAGGUAAUUUCAAAUUGUACACACGCAAUUGCUGCUUCUUGUUAUUCAAAGAGACUCGUUGAUUUCGUUUCGAUUACAAAUUCGCGCGCGCCUCUAUCGUUGACGAUAAAGCACUUAUAGACCAGUAUUGUUAUACAAUGUACGCACGGAAAACAACGCAUAAUUCGUUGUGCGCACAACCACACGGUGACCAUAAUAUAUUCUAUGAAUCGGGCAUGAUCAGUGCUCGGUGAUAAUAAUUAGAUUUUCAGAAAUGAUCGCGUUUAUUUUUCCGUCGGGACUGCGUCUUUUACACACCGUCGUCGUCGUCGUCGUCGUGACUGAGAAAAUCGACUAAAUAUAUAUAUAUAUAUAUAUAUUAUUAUUAUUAAAAACGAGAAAAAAAUGAACUUCCUCUUAGUACGUAGUUACUAGUAAACUUAUUGAAUUAUUCAUAAUUUUACGGACUGCAAAGGAUAUCAUAUCGCUGUUGAAGUUCUUCCGGUUCCGGGGAUUUAUAUAUAAUAUAUAUAUUGUAUAUGUAUACACUGCGUAUAUCGCGACGAAGUUUGUAACAAUAAGGGGAGAAAAAGAAUUGAAUAGCGGUGUUAAAAAUAAUAUUACAAGUGAUACAACACAACAACGUGUGCUUGGCAAUGAAACCGGAGGAGAUUCUUGUUAAUCGACGCUAUAAAACUUUCAUAUUAAUCUGUCAUUCUUGGCAAAAUGUUUAACCGUUAUAUUAUAUAAACGUUGCUUGACAACAAAUGAAUAAGGCAUGAUGAAAAUCUUUAUGAAAAAAAAUAAAAAAGAAGAAGUGUAUACGCUUAUCAAAAUGUGCAAUUUGAAAAAAUUAUGGUUUCGCAGUACACGGCCGAUAGGUCAUUUUGCCACGAAUCGAAAUCAUUCGAACACGUAUUAACAAAAUCAGUGUAUAUUCGGAUUACGAUCGCUUGUUGUUUAAUUAUUAAAUGGCGAAUGAAACUUAUAGCAAUACGUAUCGUGGUGUUAUUCAAGUGAAAUCUCCAAUUUGUAAUUAUGGUGAACGAUUACUUAUCCCAUGGCUGUGUUUAAACGGACUUUUAAACCCCAAGGAAUUAUCCUGACGGAUGGGCUAGCGUUACUAGUGGCUCGCAGCUGUAAGGUGUGUACGUUUUAGUGAACCGCUUAGGCAAACAUUAUACCUCAUGUUUCAUAAGGUUUCUGAAAGAACGAUCAUCAAUUGUUUCCUUUUUUUUAUACUCGAUCUAUACGAUCUAUGUUCUCUAAAUGUAACACACAAUGAGAUACAAUAAACUGUCGUAGUUAUAUUAAUUUAAUUAUUUUCAGUAGGUAUUUUUCUUUUAACAGUUUCUCGUAAUCGAAUAAAAGCGAUCGUGAAUAAACGUUACUUUAAAAGGUAUGAAUAAAAAAAAAAGAUAUUGUCAGUUAAAAUCAACGUUCGCAAUACGAAGUAAAUAUUAUGCAGGAUAUCCACAAAAUUCCUCUAUGUACCAGACAAAUACAAUUGUUAUUUAUUAUUUUUUCUUCUCUUACAAAUGUAAACCGUCUUUUGUUUUGAGCAUUGUUCAAAAUACAAGUUCGAAGAGCGUGGAACAUGGAACGAAAAAUUUGAACGAAAUAUGAGACCUAUAGACACGAUCGAAUGUUGUAAAUAGCGAUUACGUUUUGUAAUAAAUAAUACUAAAUAAGA